AAUAUCUCCCAUAGUAUUUGAUGUAAUAGAACUAGCAGUAGCCAGUAGAACACCAGCAAAUACAGGAAAAGUGAAAACUAUUACAUUGGUAUGCAGUGUUUCCUGUUCUUCGUUCAAAAGUAUGCCUCAUUUUCUGUGUUCCGUGCCACACCUGUGUUUGUGCACGAACACGCAAAAGUGUAAUCGGAGUAGGUGUGACUUCAGCCAAUUCCUCCUCUCCUCCACCAGUCUGGGGAAACACGAAUCUACUCUCCUCUACCUGACACAACUGGAGUUUUCUGCACUUAGAAGCUUUUUUCCCUCUCUAACUCACUCAGACCAGCCAAGAUGCCAGAGAACGCAGAGGCCGUUUCAGCCACUCUAACCACCAACAGGAACUGUACUAUAGAGCUCACCAAUGUCACCACUGGUUACUGUCUCAUCAACCCCAAGGUGUAUAUGUAUAGUGGUUACUGCUACCACCCACCCCAGCCCACCGUCCGUACCCCCAAGACAGAGGUGUGCUCCUUCAUCAUGGAUGACGACACAGCCACGGGCGCCGUGGGGGUCCUGACCUACGACCUUUUCCACAUUCAGAGCCGCGUGUGCUCAGAACGCAUGGCCAUCAUGUUCUCCGUGCCGUACGACUACAACUACUACAAGAACUGGCUGGGGGUCGGCGUCUUCGAGGUGGCACGCGCCUGCGACAAGCAACUGUACAACCACAUGUACAAGGAGAAGGACUUCAGCAAGUUUGUCCGAUCAGAGGCCAGUGGGUCAGGGUUGGAGUACAAGGCCCAACACGUAGACCUGAGGGCCACCAUGUCCACUGUUGGGAAGUCCAUCAUUAAGGUGGAGCUCUAUGAUAAAAUGGGGCACUAAUAAGGGUAGACAAGCUGGUAGCUGAGUCAUUUUACCCACAGCAGGAAAAGAGUUUAUAUUUAUACAUAAUCAUGUACUAAAUAUAAUAAUGAACGAAUCAACUAACUUAGGUGGUUAAUGUUAUCCAAUUAAUAAAUAUUUAUCAACUGGAAGAUAUUACUGUCUAAUUGUUCACAAUACUUGAUUCAGUGUCUUUUUCUGCACCUGUACAUGUUUGUUUUAAUAAAACAUUUAACAAUGAA